GGUGGUGGUGGCGGCGGCGGCGGCGGAGGAGGCGGCGGAGAGGAGGAGGAAGAAACGAGGAGGAGCCACCGCCAACGAUCACCACGACGACGACGACGACGAAGAGGACGACGACGACGACGACGACGACGACGAGGAGGACGACAACGAGAUGCGCGAAUUUAAAGUUGUCGUGCUCGGCUCGGGCGGGGUGGGCAAGAGCGCGCUCACCGUUCAAUUCGUGUCCGGAUGCUUUAUGGAGAAAUACGAUCCAACGAUCGAGGAUUUCUAUCGCAAGGAAAUCGAAGUCGAUAGCUCGCCUUGCGUACUCGAAAUUCUCGACACCGCCGGUACCGAGCAAUUUGCGAGUAUGCGCGACCUUUAUAUAAAAAAUGGUCAGGGUUUCGUCGUCGUUUACAGUCUGACGAAUCAUCAGACCUUUCAGGAUAUCAAAGCGAUGAAGGAGCUUAUAACUCGUGUCAAAGGCACCGAACGAGUACCCGUACUACUUGUUGCCAAUAAGCUUGACCUAGAACAUCAACGAGAAGUCGACACCGCCGAGGGAAAUGCAUUGGCACAACUUUGGGGUUGUCCUUUCGUCGAGGCGUCCGCUAAAAAUCGUACGAACGUCAACGAGAUGUUUGCUGAAAUUGUGCGCGAAAUGAACUUCAGUCCCGAAAAAGAGAAGAAAAGCUAUUGCUGCUGCAGCGUCCUCUAAUACUUAAUCAAACGUUUCUUUCUACCGGCAAUUCGUUUAUUCGUAUAAUUAUAGAUAGCUACGUUAAACUGGCUAAUUGGCACGAACUACCUAACGAAUCUUUAUCUUUAUCUUUCUUUUUCUUUUUCCUUACUUCUUUCUUCUUUUUUCUUCUUUCUCUUGUUUCUUUCUUCCCUUUCAAAUCUGCCAGGUUAUGCGACCCAUUCGACUAUCCUUUCAAACUAAUUUCUUUUGGAUUGUACCAAGAAUUUUGGAAAACAACUUUAAGAACUUGCAGCUGCCCAUUGGAUACUUUUUUCUAAUCACAAAAUUUCUUUUCCUCUCUCUCUCCUUUCUUUCUCUUUUCUUUUUUCCUCUUUCAUAAUUUCAUUAUUUUUUCUCUUAGAACUCAGCCAAGCCAUGCGACGAAUUCGCCAACCUUCGAGACUAAUUUGUGAUUGUACUGAGAAUUUUUGAAAGCCAACGUUAAGGACUAUAUAUGCUAGUUCAGUUCUUUUUCUAUCGGAGGAUCAAGGUCUGCCGUUUUUGGCGACCAUCAAACGGAUAUUUUAAUAUACAUGGAUAGUAUUAUAUGUAAUAUUAUUGUAAUAUAUAAUGGUACAUGUAAGGGAGCAUAGAAAAGGGGGCGAAUUUCUUUGGUAACGGACCAAUAUUCCAAAGUGACGAACAUGGAUAAAGCCAAGAGCAACAUUUCAACUGGCCUGCGUUUGUUAAACCAAACUCGAUGUUAAUACUGUCUUUGAACAUUGUUCGUCGUAUGCUGGUCGAUCUUAAUUCAUUUGGAAUCGGAGAACGUAAGAGUAGCUUGCGUUUUUUCUUUUUUUUUCUUUUUUUUUUUUUCUUUUUUAAAGAAAGUCACUGUGAUGGUUGACUGUCCUUACGACGACAGUCGUGCUUUUUCUCUUGUGAAGAAAAUUUGGAGUGACCUUCGUAAGAUACAUUAAACGGAUAAGAGGUUUUAACAAUUUAUAAGUUUUUAUAAGCAUCAUCGAGGGAGAAGAGAUCUGUAGAAGUCAUUAACGAUUUUGGUUUGUACGCAGGACCAAGAUGUUGAUCUUGGACAAGUUUUGUGCAAUGAUUUGCGUCAAUAGUAUGUUACCUAUGCUUAAGUGUCGGAGGCCUCUUUAAAGGAUAUGUCGUGUAAAAGAAAUUAUAUACGACUUAUUUUAGUGGCUUUCGUAUUAGUUGUACAGUACACUAGUUCUAAAGAAAUAUUUUAUAGAAAUGAAGCAAAUAAGAAGAACAUCGUAAAUGGAUAUUGAAAAAUUGCGUUUGAGGUUUCAGUGUUUUGCUAAAUAUCCAUAAUUAUCAAAUGCGAUCUUUCUUCUAUGAUAUUCUUCUACUUUUACUUUCUACUCGUACUUUAUAUAAUUAUGUUGAGAUCUUUCUUGCAUAUCGCUUGCAAUAAAUGAAAAAUCGUUGGUGGCUUGAGUAAAACGCGAUGGCGACAAAACUGCGAUAUAUUAAUCUUUUUCGAAUUAAAUUUUGCCAUUUCUGACUUUUAUAUCAUUUUAAUUCAAGAAAAAAUGAUCUUAUCAUUAUAUCAUUUUAUAUUAUUAAAUUCGGAAAGAAAAAAAAGAAACAAAGAAUUUAAAUUCAUGAUUAUGCAAAGAUUGCAGAGACACAUUGAUCCCAACGAUUAUAUCCAAUAUGUAGUACUUGUAACGAUGUCCAAAGUGUCCGUUGCUUUAUACAAACGCAGUAUCUCCUGGCGCAAUUCUACAUCGUCAAAUGAGUCAAAGGAAAUAUAUAAAGAGAGAGAGAGAGAGAGAGAGAGAGAGAGAGAGAGAGAUAGAGAGAGAGAGAGAGAGAGAGAGAGAGAGAGAGAUAUCGAUGAGUGUAAAGAAGAAAAAGAGCAGUUCUCCCUAUACGUAGCAGUAGAUCGUGUGUAAUUUUCUCGUGUGAUCAAAAUCAUAUAAUACGAUGUUAAAUAUCGCUUUAAUACCAUUACAGUCAUUACAUAGACUCGAUCUAUUAUUAUUAAUUAAUUAAUUAGUUAUUAUAUCAUUGUUAUUAUUAUUAUUAUUAUUAAUAUUAUUUAAAAUACGUUCUAUCAUAAAGAAAUAGCCAUUAAUAAUUUUUGAAGAAUCAUCGAUUAUUAUAGUCUUUCUUUCUAAUCUUAACCAAAUAAUUUGAAGUUAUCUUAUUGUUAAAAAAAAAAAUGUAUUUAUAAUUUGUAUAGUAUCAUACUUCUUCAUGAGAAUACAUAUUUCUGGGAUUGACUGUGCCGUUAAAAAAAGAAAGAGGGAGAAUAGAAGAAAAAAAGAAAAUGACAAACAAGUAUACGCGCGAUAUACAUUUCUCCUUUCAAUAUAUUGAAUUUACCAAAAACUUCAUAAUGAAAAAGAAGAAAAACAGAAAAUAAUAUAAUAAUAAUAAUAAUAAUAAUAAUAAUAAUAAUAAUAAUAAUAAUAAUAAUAAUAAUAAUAAUAAUUAAACGAUGAUCGAACUGAUGUAUAGUAAUUUUUAUGAAUUGGUAUAGUUAGAAACAGUCCGAUGAGUGUUAGUAAUAAUGAUAAUGAUAAUGAUAAUAAUGAUAAUGAUGAUAAUAAUAAUAAUAAUAAUAAUACCAUGGGAGAAAAGAAGGUAUCAUUAAUAAUGUUUAUUGAAAUACAGACAAAGCUGUUGUUGUGAUGGUGUAUGUACUUUUAAUAGAAAAAAUACACCAUGGUUGAGAAAUGGUGCUAACAUGUCUCCGGCUAAACUAUGCUAAAGAAUACUAAUCUGAUUUUUGUAAAGGCCAUAUUAAAAUUAAAAAAAGGAAGAAAAAAAAUAGAAAAGAUAUACAGAGACCGACUUUUUGGCAACUUGUUAACGCAGCCAUCCGUUUAAUUAAUUUUUUUUUUUCCAACAUAUUUUUUUCAACUCAAACAAAAAAAGAAACAAAAAAAAUGAAAAAGAGAGAAAGACAAGAAAAGAGAGAGAGAGAGAGAGAGAGAGAGAGAGAGAGAGAGAGAGAGAGAGAGAGAGAGAGAGAGAGAGAGAGAGAGAGAGAGAGAGAGUGCUGAAGACACACAACUAUUUUUUAUCACUUAGAAAUUUUUAUAAUCCUGUUGUGAUCUUGUAGAUAUACAGAUAUUGCUUAUUUUUUAAUUGAGAAAAAAAAUAAAUUGACAUGAUUGUCAUUGAGAAUUUAUUUUGAUGGUUGAAAAGAAAUCUCAUUGAAGCAUAAUUGAUAUAGUUAUUUCUUUAUAUAUAUAUUUUUUAUUUUAUUAUUUUUAUUAUCCAUUAUUUUUUUUCUUAAUCUCAAAUUCUACAGAUCACACACAUAUAAGAAGGCGAGCAUAUCGUCUGACAUAUAGCUUCUCAAGUAUGUAUAUACAUACGUUCUUCAUCACAUCAUAUAUACGAAAUUUUUCUAUUCAUAUAUAUAUUUGUACGAGGUCUUUUCUAUUCCUAAAAUCUUCUCAUAUUGUAACAAUAUGCUCGUCUAGCUCAAAAUUGCAUAAUAUUUUUCUAAUAAUAAAGAGAAAAAGAGUGUUCCGAUAAGAAACAACAUUAUGAUUAACUUUUAUUGAUAUUACAAAAAAUAAAAGACACCAUAAAAAUGAAAAAUAAAAUAAAUAAAGGAAAAAAAGAAAUAAAAAAGAAAACAAAAAUUCUUUAAAAUUGUUGUUUUUGAAAACUGAUUUUGGAUGUCGAUGCGAAUGAAAAUGAAAUGAGUGUAGUUUUUUAAAAAUCAGAUUCAGCAUAUCAUAUAUAUAUAUUUAAGGACCAGAAUUUGUUCCUUUGAAUAUUAUUAUUAUUAUUAUUAUUAUUAUUAUUAUUAUUAUUACUAUUAUUGUUAUUACUACUAUUAUUAUUGUUAUUAUUAUUAUAUUAUUAUUAUUAUUAUUACUAUUAUUAUUAUUAUUAUUACUAUUACUACUAUUAUUAUUUAUUUCUUUUUUCUUUUUUUACGACUGAAAAAAACGAAUUUGUUUUAACCUCUCUAUGUAAACGAAAAAUUAAAUCAUAUUGGAAAACACGGACAGACAAACAGAAACAUAAAAAACAUACAUUUUGUGAGUAAUGUGCAUAUAAUUAAUAUUUAAAUAUAUAUAUAUAUAUAUAUUAUACAUAUAUAUAUAUAUAUAUGUAUACAGACACAAACAUACACACAUUUCUUACGCAAACUGGGUCACAUCAAUUGGAUAGAAAAAGAUUAAUAAAAAAAGAAUUAAUAAAAUAAAAAAAAAAAAGAAAAAGAUUAAUAACGAAAGGAAAGAAGAAAAAAAAAGAAAAUGGAGAAGAGAGAGAAACACGACAAAUUUAGAAUAUAUGUCGGCCUUUCAGUACUACCUGUGCGUAUGAUAUUGAGUAUGUACGAAAUGCGUUAUAUAUUUUUUACAAUGUGAAGGAAGAAGAGGAGGAAAAGGAGAAGAAAAAGAAGAAAAAAGAAGAAGAAAAACAAGAAAAAAGAAGAAGAAAAAUGGAGGAAAAUCUGUAAAUAUAUCAAAAUAGCGUUAGAAUUAUAUAUGUAUAUAUAUAUAUACACACACAUAUAUAUAUUAAUUAAUUAAUUAAAUAUAAGAAAAAUAUAUAUAUGUAUAUGUAUAUAUAUAUAUGUAUGUGUAUGUAUAUAUAUAUAUAUAUAUACAUAUAUAAUUGAGAAGGGUACCGAUUAUCUCUUUGACAUUUGAAAAGAUGAUGAUGACAGGUGGAUAUUAUAGCAUACCAGUAAAAAAAUGUGCAUCUCAUAUUUAUAGAGAAAGGGGAGUCGGGGGUAGGAGCUAAAGCUGAAAUUUUUCUUCUUCGACGGUGACGAAGAUUGAUAACGUCACACAUGUCGAAGGAAACGUUUUAUCUUUGAUACCAGAAGAAAAGAAAAAGAAAAAAAAAAGAAAAAAGAUCAUAUGGGUGGUCCAGAAAAAAGAUGGCGAUAUAUGAUAGAUAUAAUAAUGCGAACAUAUUAAAAAAGAAAAGAAAAAAAAAGAUUCUCUAUAGAAAGAAAAAGAUAAUAAGAGAAAACAUAGCUUGACUUGCUGGUAAAAAAAAAAAAAAAAAAAAAAAAGAAAAAACAAA